AUGGGAUCCAUCCCUGUGAUUAUUGCAAACCUAUCACAGAUUGAGAGUUUGGAUCUUUCUCACAAUAAUUUGGGUGGAGUGAUUCCUUCUCAACUCACGAAGUUGCACUCUAUAUCCACUUUUAGCAUUGCUUAUAACAACUUAUCUGGUAAGUGUCCUCGAAAGAUUGCACAAUUCAAUACAUUUGAUGAAGAUAUCUAUCUAGGAAAUCCUCUUCUUGACUGCACAUUACCACUCAUGACACCAAAUCCAUUGGUAAGGCCGACAACAUAUCAUGGCGAUGAAGAAGGAGAAGGAGAAGGUGGGUUCAUUGACAUGGAGAGUUUCUACAUCGGUGGCUUGGUAUCUUAUGUCAUAGUGUUGUUGGUAAUAGCGAGUGUUUUGCGUAUAAAUCCAUAUUGGCGACGGGUAUGGUUUUAUUGUGCUGAUGUCGCCUUAACUACUUGCUAUUAUUUUGUGGUGGACCAUCUUCCUGUGCCAACCAGGUAUAAGGUGUGGGAACCUCGCAUAUAG